AGAGAGAGAGAGAGAGAGAGAGAGAGAGAGAGAAAGAGAAAGAUGAAUAAGUCCUUUACAGUAUAAAAAAAACAACCAAAAGAAGCAAUGAAAGUAUUAAACUUAAUAUUUAUUUUACUUUGCAGAGGAAAUCUUUAUUUUUCGAGAUGAAUUCAAAUGGCUUAUAAAAUUUGAAAAAAAACUGCAUUCUGUUAAAGUGUCAAGCUCUGAAAAACUACAACAUCUGAACCAGACUGUUUUUGUAAAGUUCAUUAACACUAAACAUCAAAUUAAGAAAUCAAAAGAAGAAGUUGAACGUUUGCUUGCUAUAAACCACAGGCGGUUAGUGAAGUUCUAUGCAUUUUCUAUAAGAGUAAAUAGAAGAAUACUCUAUAUGGAAUACGUCGCUCAGAACACUUUGAUGAGCUACAUAAUAAAGACAAAGAAAUUAAUUCCCGAAAUGAAAGUGAAGUUAUUCACUAAACAAAUUUUGGAAGGCCUAUCUCAUCUACACGUGUCAAAAAUUGUGCAUACAAAUCUAACAAGUUACAACAUACUAUUGGAAAAUGAAGACAAUAUUAAGCUAACGUACUACGGGGUGGCUAACAUGCUUGAGAAAACAGUGUAUGAUCCAAAGAAAUUCCAAUACCUCGCCCCUGAACUUAAAAAUAAUGACAACCCUAAAUACACCAAAAAGACAGACAUAUGGAGUGCUGCUUGCAUCGUGUUAGAAAUGGCUACUGGAAAACCACUGGAUCACAACAACAAUUCAGAUCAAAACUCACAACUAUCUAUGCUCCCUAUAAAUUCAUCAAAACAAUUAAAAUCAUUUUUGAAAAAAACACUUAAUGAUAACCCAAAACAAAGACCAUCAGUUCGGAAGCUAUUACAGCACGAAUUAUUCAUGGUAUAGGAGAAAAAGUCAUUCAUUUUAUUGACAAGACGAAGAAUAAGGAGAGAAAGCUUAAUUUGAAUUAUAAUAUGUGCAUAUUGUAUAACAUUGCACAAUAUUUAAUAACAAAAUAUUUUAUUUACAAAUUUUGAUUGUCAUAUAAGUUUUACAGAAACAAAGAAACAUAUAUUUUUUUUGCGUUCUUAAUUGUCAUAUUUUAGAGGAUUUCCGCAACCCCAAUUAAGCAUAACCUCAUAACAUAUUACGCGCCACUGAUACUUUAACUUUGACUUUAGCCUGAACUUUUUUAACGAUCAAUUUACUCGACGUUUAUAAAUGGAGCCUUUUAAUAUAAGUUUCAAUUACCACUUUCAUGCAAUGGUCCCUAUAUCAUCAAUUUCAUUAUAUUGCC